GAGGCUGCCUUUUGCUGCCCGAGCACAGCACCUUUGGGCGGGACAUAAAACCCCUGCGGCAACUCAUCAGGCUAGGACCACCGGCGCCCAGCUGCCUUGCACCCGGCAGGAUUCACCAGGGCUGGGGUCAUGGCCAGGACGGCUCUGGAUCCUGCCCUCGGGAGCAUAUCCCUGUUCUCCUGACCGCCUGUAUCCUCCGCAUCGCUGCUGGGGUUCCUGGCUGUCCCUUCACUCCAGUCUACCCGUCUGUCCUACAGAGCAGCUUGGGCCACCGGCUUGGAUGGACGCGUUGAGGCUGCCCUGGCGUCCAGGGGUCCUGCUUCCGAAGUUGGUCCUGCUCUUUGUUUAUGCAGAGGAUUGCCUUGCUCAGUGUGGCAAAGAGUGCCGCUCUUACUGCUGUGAUGGAAGUACACCCUACUGUUGCUCCUACUACGCCUAUAUUGGGAACAUUCUCUCGGGCACAGCAAUUGCGGGCAUCGUGUUUGGAAUCGUGUUCAUCAUGGGGGUCAUUGCAGGAAUCGCCAUAUGCAUCUGCAUGUGCAUGAAAAACAACCGGGGGACCCGCGUGGGAGUCAUCAGAACAGCGCACAUCAAUGCUAUCUCCUAUCCUGUGGCACCGCCCCCUUAUACUUAUGAUCACGAGAUGGAAUACUGCACAGAUAUGCCACCACCAUACUCUCCAGCUCCACAGUCUUCAGCCCAGCGCUCUCCACCUCCUCCGUAUCCUGGAAAUCCAAGGAAAUAUUCCUCCUCUCAGAACAGACUAUGUGACAAUUAGCAAUUUUACCCAGAACAAAAAUGCCUCAAUUUAGAAACAUGCAAAAGAAAAAUGUUUGUCUACUGGCUAGGGUCAGAUAAUAUCUCAGGCAGAAUGUCCAUGUGGAGCUGGCUCUUACCCUGUUCGGAGCUAGGUGGAGAAUUAUGCUUGGGUCUCUGAAGUCACAGAUUAAGCGAUUUAUGAAUCCACAGAGGCACAGUCAGAUUAAGCAGUGCAGUUGGCAGACCAUCUGAUAAUCACACUGCUUUAGGACAAGCUGAAGGCAACUUCAGUAUUGAACCAGAAUACAGGACAGAGGAUAGUCUGGUCUACAUCAGGAAAGAGCUGCAUUCCAUAUAGCUUUAGGAGAACUAGAACAGUUCAUUAUUUCAUUUAUCCACAAAUAUGUAUUAAGUGCCUUAGAGCUCACUUUGUGCCUGGCAACAUUAGGGGCCCUGGGUGGAAAUAACCAGCGGGAACUUUGGUUCCGGCACAGGCGUACCUCAUCUUGUUGCACCUUGACCUUUUGCACUUUGUAAGUGUUGCAUUUUUUUUUUUUUUUUACAAAUUGAAAAUUUGUGGUAACCUUGCACCAAACGAUGUCAUUUUCCCAACACUAGGAGCAUAUUCCUUAUCCUCGUGUCACAUGUUGGUCAUUCUUCACAAGAUUCCAAACAUUUUCAUCAUCCUAUUAUUAUGUCUGUUAUGGUGAUCUGUGUUCAGUAAUGGUUGGUGGUGUUAUAGUAGCCUUUUGUUUGGGGAUGUCAUGAAUUCUGCCCCUAUAAAACGGUGAGAUUAGUAGAUUGAUAAAUAUUGUGUGUAUCAUAUCUGUUCCACUGAAAACCUCCGCCCCUUUCCUCCUCUCUUUCCCCCUAUUCCGAGAACAGUAUUGAAAUUAGGCCACUUAAUAAACCAACAGUGACUUCUAAAUGUUCAAUCUUAAAGAAUCAUAUAGUUCUUGCUUUAGCCCAAAGCUGGAAAUAAUUCAUCUUGGUGACAAGAGCCUCUUCAAUUCUGGGAUAGGCUGAAAGGCCAGCAUCUUACACCAGCUUGUAAGUUAAGCCAAAAACACAGAUGAAGCUUUCUCAAAGGAAACUAAAACUGUCUCUCUUCAAACACACCAAUGAUAGAAAAGAAAGAGAACAUCGACCCCAUUGUUUACAAGAAGAACUCUUCAGCUGUGUGUGCAGCAGAGCAAGACAGCCAUAUUCCCACAAGUCCAGAACUAGGACUUAACGCUUCAUUCUACAAAGGCUGGCAGAGACGAAAGAGAAAUGUAAGCAUAGCUUGCAUGCUGUAAGAAAAAGAUUGAGAGGAACAGAGAUCAGGUCCUGAAGUUAAAAAAAGGAGCUACCCCUGUAGUAUCAAAUGGGAAAAUGAAACCUCAGGCACUGCAAUGGAGGUCGCUGCCCCCUGUUCUCUCAAAGACCUAGUUAGGAUCGCACAUAAGAUGGCUGCUUAAAGUAGAGUCUACUGUGGAAAGAGUUGCCUCUGGAACUCAGCCAGAACAAACAAGCCAUCCUAACUCCCAACCUCAAAAGACAGCCUGGCUUUCUUGUUAGUGUCUAUAACACAACUGGUGACUUUCACAUGAAGCCAAUGUUCAACAUUCAUUUUCUAGUCAAACAUCCUAGCCCUCUUAAGAAUACCCAAAGUUUGCUCUGCCUAUAGUCUAUAAAUAGAACAACCAGAUCUAUUUUUGAUGUGACUUAAUGAAUGUUUUAAACCAAGUGUUGAGACUGCUCAGGGAAAAACAAGGUUUCUUUCAAAACCUUACUGCUCAUUGACAAUGCGCUGAUCACCCAAGUGCUCUGAUGGAGAUGUACAAAGAAACAAACCAUGUUUCCAUAUGGACUAAUGAUUCCAAUCCUACUCUCUGUUUCUUAGACUAUGGUUAGCCUCAACUUCCAAGCCUUAUUAUUUAAUAACUGCCUCUUAUAAGGUUAUAACUGUUAUAGAAAUGGAAUCUUCUGGAGGCUUGGCGAAGUCAUGGAAAGAACCCACGAUUGUAGACCCGUGACUCAUGAAAAGAAGUCAAGAAGUCAGUUUUAAUGCACAUGUGGAGGAUGUAGAUUCCGGCCCUCUUAUAUAAUGUUGCCUUUGUUAUGGCUUUGGAGGAGGAAGGACCUACAGACAUGGUAAACCCACAAAGCUGCUGAAGGUGCGACCCAGCUACUAUGUCUCAUGAUGUCACUACCAGAGGAACAAUUGCUCCUUAUGGUGAGCAAUGAAAAGAUGUUUUGGUUCUUCUGGUGAAACAUGCUCCUGGUGAAAGGUGCUGUGGGCAGGGAUGAGGUGAUAGCACAGGCUUUGGAAUAUUUGUAAGUGACUUUAUAAGACGGCAUCGAAAUUGGAGAAAAUGAUAGUUUUGAAGGAAGAAACACCUGCAUCAAAAGCCACCAAAUGGUAUCACAUGCCCCAGAGAACCCUUUCGUGAAGUUAAGUUCCAACCCAUGUAGCAGACUUCACUGUCUUAUUAUUGGGAGGAACUAACUAAUCUUCCAGCUUGAACAACCACCAGCCUAAUUCCCAGCAACUCUCACCUCACCACCACCAAAAAGAUUUGGACCUGCUGAAAGCUUUGGUACUAGUUGCCAUCUUUUAGCAGUGAAAUAUUUUCUAAGGGUGUAGACAUUACUUAUCAAACUGUAGUACAGUACAAACAUAAUUUAAUGUGCACCAGAAAACCAAAAAGUAUCCACGUGAUUCUCUUGUGAAAUUUGCUUUACAAGAAAGACAAGCAGCUGCAUGGGUAAUGUUGAAGUGUUGCUGGUGUGGGUAUAUCAAAGGUAUGCCAUCUUUAAUGUAUGUCUGUAAAACAAAACAAAAAAGCAAAACAAACAAACAACAACACCCAGUUUCAGCCUUACUGUUGACUAGCUAGCUUUGUGGAGCUCUUCCAUCAAGAUUCCAAACAAAAAGGUGGCUGUGUAGUAAAGAAAUAUUCUAGAAAGGAUGUCUAAAAUGAAUGACAGAUCAGUCCUUUUAGCCUCAAACUUUCUGCUUAUGUUUUAGGUAGGUGGGACAGCUGUAUCUGUAGCAAUGAAAGCACAGAAAGCAAUGAAAUCAAUCUUAUUCAUUGACUCUGACUAUUUCAACAAGAUCAUAGAUACCCAACAGAUUCUGGGAGCUAAGCUCUAUACGGUCAUUACUAACUCCUCCUAAAAACCCACAUGACUUUAGUCAAAGGUAUAUGAAGGGCGCUACAACCAUAGAAUAAAAGGUGAGAAAUCAAAUAUUCCCAGGGUUUUUAUAUCAGUAAUAAAACAUGUCAUUUGACCAUACAUAAAAAGACUUUUUAAAAGGGCAAAUGAAUGCUCAAAUAUAAUAGAUAUUUCUUCCAUUUUAUAAACUUUAGAAAAGUUAUCUAAUUAAUGGAAAAGGCAAGAAGACACGGGGUUGUCUUUUGCCUGAGUACUAGUUUUUGUGAAGUGCUUACCUUUAAAUGUAAAAGCAGUCAAUAAAAAAUUCCAGUGUGUCAUGUUCUACUCCAACUGACCAAGUGGUCCAUGUUUUUACAUGGGUCUUUUUGUGUACUUUCAAACUGUUUGCCCAAUACUAAAAGUAGAUGGUCAUAUCUUUAUGCUGCUUUAAAAGAAAACCUAAAACACUCCAUCUGGUAUCAUGAUUAUAAUUCAGUGACAUUUCAAAAUGAUACUUAAGAUACUUGAUAAAUAACCAAAACAAAUAUCUUACAAUAUAAGUUAUGAAAUAUGAGCUUGUAGUUGAAAGUUAAUAUGAAUAAAUAAUGCCUUUUACUGUAUCAAAUAUCUACAACAGAAAUGUGUUGGUCUGACUGAACAUGGUCUACAGAAGUUAUUGAGGCUAGAUUUGCUUUGAGUGACUUGCUUGGCUUAGGCAAGAAUAAUCUUAGCUUUGAAGAUGUAAAAGCCUUUGGGGGUCCUGUCUGUUCCAGUAAGAAGCUUCCUGCCUGGCAUGAAGUAUUGGCAUAGUGUUAAUAGUACAUGGGCUUUGAUUUAUUUUUCUUUCACUAAUGUGAUUCGUUUCCACUACUCUACUGCCAUAGUUCAUAAUGUCAAAGUCAUGGUGAUCCGAGAAUGUUGUUUGCAAACCCACUACACACUUCUGAAGAAAAAUAGAGGCAAAUCCACCGAAAUCGAAUACUCAUCUUGACUCUAAUGCACAUAUACCAAGUGCCUCUGACAUUCUAUAACUACUGCCUGCACAGAAACCAUUUCUGUCCACACUAUUUCUCUUUGAGUUGUCUAUGGCUCCCCCUAAGGCAUAACACAAACUUAUAUAUUUACAAUAGAUGAAGAAUUUUGCUGUUUUUAUUAGUAUCAUAAUAACAUAGAUGUCUAAUAAUAUCGUAGAUGUCUAAAGUUCACUGAUGAUUUCCAAAAGUAAUGUAUAUCAGAGGAAAACAAUAUUUGAUGUAAAAAUUUGAUCAUGGUUAUUUAAGAACUAACCUUUGCUAUGGCUAAUUUGUUUACAUGGAGCAAUAAAAAUGAAAGAAUUUAUUAU